AUGGCCACAAUGCAACAAUAUUUAGACAAUUCCUUCAACAAUCAAUCCCAAACUAAUAUGGAACAAACAGCCAACUCCUCCACCAACAUUAUACCCUAUAUGCUGUUUGUGUAUCGUGAAGAAUUGCGUCGUCUCAACAAGCAUUCACACUCUUUAAAACUUUCGAAAAGUAAAUUACAUUUGACCCAGGAAUUGGUAUCGUAUUCGGUGGAUCGUAUAACGGAAUACGAUAUGCAGGAGUUGAUGAACAUUAAUCGUGAAAUCAAUUUUACACGUCAACUGAAGAAUCGCAUGGAUCAUAUGAAACAAAUGCAAAGAUAUCGAUCAUUGCAGGCUCAGGUGUUGGCUAGAAUUUGAGUUUUAACUGGAUUGGAUGAACUUU